CUGCGAAAGCGCGUUGAAUAAAUGUGAAACACGCGAUACAUUUUAACGCAGGGUGCCCUCAUUUUAAUGAAAUAGUGUUAUUUAUCACAUUUUACGUCGAUGCAGGUCCAACCAUGACUUGUUGCGCGCGCAAUAUUUUAAUUUCGUUGUCGUUAACAUGCUCGUUAGCUAGUGGGGGCGAAGCUUGAGUUCUGGUCCUCCUGCUUCGACGUCAACAUCAACAUCGGCUUCUCUUCCGGGAGAAGCGAUGCUGGGGUUCCUGGCGGCGAGGCGGGCCGGCGUGGACGACCCGCUGCGCCUGAGACGUGCAGAGUCGACGAGGAGGGUCCUGAGUCUCACGUUGAAUCCUGACAGAGAGGUGGACAGAAUCCAUGGAAACGCCAUCAACACCAUCGACAUUGAAGUAAUAGAAGGCAGAUACAUGUUGUCCGGCGGAGCGGACGGAGUGAUCGUCGUCUACGACCUGGAGAACUACAGCGGGAAACCACAGUACACCUGCAAGGCAGUUUGCACAGUCGGCAGGUCAAAUCGGCACGUCCACAAGUUCAGCGUGGAGACGGUGCAGUGGUAUCCUCAUGACACGGGCAUGUUCGUGUCCAGUUCCUUCGACAAGACCAUGAAAGUCUGGGACACCGAGACUCUGAAGCCCGCCGAAGUGUUUGAGUUCGAGGACAACGUCUACAGCCACCACCUGUCCCCCAUCGCCAGGAGGCACAGUCUCAUCGCAGUUGGCACCAAAGACCCUAAAAUCCAGCUGUGUGACCUGAAGUCUGGGUCACGGAUUCAGGUUCUUCAAGGUCACCGGGCGGAGGUCCUGUCUGUGCGGUGGUCGCCCAGAUACGAGCACAUCUUAGCAACCGCCAGUGCAGACAGCAAGGUGAAGGUGUGGGAUGUGCGGCGGGCCUCUGGCUGCCUCUUCACUCUGGAUCAGCACAACGGAGACAAAACCAAAGCCGCCUCUGAAGCCGUGAACACGGCUCAUAACGGCCGAGUGAACGGCCUCUGCUUCACGGCCGACGGCCUCCACCUCCUCACCACGGGGACCGACGACCGCAUGAGACUGUGGGAUAGUGCUACUGGGGAGAACACACUGGUGAGGGCUACUGGGGAGAACACACUGGUAAACUACGGGAAGGUGUCCAACAGGAGUCGCAAGCGGCUCCAGUUCGCCGUGUCGCGCGGCUGCGGCCCGGAGUUGGUGUUCGUGCCGUGCGAGAGCUCGGUGGCCGCGUACGCCGUCCACACGGGGGAGCUGCUCACGACGCUCCGGGGGCACUACAACAACGUCGACUGCUGCGAGUUCCACCCGGACUACCAGGAGCUGUACACUGGAGGUAAAGACUGUAAUAUCCUGGCGUGGAUUCCUGUCCUGCGUGCCGCAGACGUGGAGGAAGAGUCAAAAAGUGCAAAUCAGGCCGCCGCAGCUGCAGACCCGCCCUUGGUGAACCCGGCCUUUCGGGACGCGUGGAGCAGCGAUGAAGAUUGAUGCUGGCGUUUUGCAUGCCGUGGUCGCCGUGGUCACGCACGGCGGCCGGCCGUGCAAAGGAGCUCACUCCCUUUCCGAUUUAGCUCGUGGAGAAGAAAUGACAAGUUGAUGAGGGUCCUCGGACCCCUGUGUCGAGGGAAAUGUCUCAGAUGAAGGCCUUAAAAUGUAAAUGAAUUGUGUAAAUAAUUGUACCACUUUUUAUACACAAUGCUAUAAAUAAUGUUUUUUUUCAUUUUCAUGUUUUCUGUUGAAUUGUUUUUUCUUCUUUUAUUUCAAUGAAAGCCAACAUGGUCCUGUGUGUGUGUGUGUGUGCGUGCAAAGUACAUUUCAAGUAGUGACUGACCUGAAUCCUCACGUGGGAGUAUCCAUUGUCCUGUUGUCUUUCCAGCCAACAUGUGCAUUUGUUUAUAAUUGUCACUCCUUGCUGAAACUCGCUGCAGUGAUCAUGAAACGUAUCCUCUGACUCCGCCUCCUCAUCGUUUUACAUCGUGUCUUGGUUGCCACGAGGACACAUUGAACCCAAAUAAGGUUUAAUACUGAUCCCUUAACAAAAACACACAGACCUCGUUACCCUUUGUCAUAAACCAUUACUCCUUACUCGGUCCAGUGAUUUUCUUUUUUUUUAAAAUAUGAAAUGUGACUAUCCAAGAUACCGUUCCGGUCAUAUAAUGUUUCAGCUGGCUCUCUUCUCCCUGGAAAUACCUGACGUGUCUUGAUUGUACAAGCUUCAGUCUUGUAUGUUUCACAAUAAACACACUGAUUGCAUCUGUCA